AUGACCCCAUAUGAAGCUGUAUAUGGCAAGCCUCCUACACUGAUUCCUCAUUAUCCACGGCGACUGUUGAAGGUAGAAGCUGUAGACUCCAUUUUGAUUCAACGAAAUGAAGUCUUGUCAUGUUUGAAAGCUCAUUUACAGAGAGCUCGCAAUCGAAUGAAGGUCCAGGCAGACAAAAAUAGUCGAGACCGCACGUUCAAUGUGGGGGACUUAGUCUGGCUGUGUUUACAACCUUAUAGACAGGUUUUUGUCUUCCAUAGAGCAAAUCAUAAGUUGGCUGCUAGGUUCUUUGGACCUUUUCCAAUUGAACAAAAGUUAAGUGAUGUUGCCUACAAGCUGGAAUUACCACCUGGUAGUCAAAUACAUCCCACUUUUCAUGUUUCAUUAUUGAAGCCUUUUGUCCAUUCAGAAAGUUCUGCAGCAGCAACUAUACCUCUUCCAUUGGUGGCCAUUGAGAAUAGGCCAUUACAAGAAACGCUCGCAGUGGUAGCCAAGCGCUUGACUCAAUCCACUGGAGAGCCCCAUUACCAAUUUUUGGUCCAAUGGACUCAUUCCGUGCUUGAAGAUUCUACUUAA